AGUGAAGUAUUUUCUUGCAGAGAGUUGUUAUAGUCACUUUUCAACAUGUCUGGAAGAGGCAAGACCGGUGGUAAGGCACGCGCCAAGGCUAAGACUCGUUCUUCUCGAGCUGGUCUGCAGUUCCCUGUUGGUCGUGUUCAUAGGCUUUUGAGAAAAGGCAACUAUGCUGAGCGAGUGGGCGCUGGUGCCCCGGUAUACCUGGCAGCUGUGCUCGAGUACUUGACCGCUGAAAUUCUCGAGUUAGCCGGAAAUGCCGCCCGUGAUAAUAAGAAAACCAGAAUCAUUCCUCGUCAUCUGCAGUUGGCUGUCCGUAAUGACGAAGAACUGAAUAAGUUAUUGGGUGGUGUGACUAUCGCUCAAGGUGGUGUGCUGCCGAACAUUCAGGCUGUGCUUCUGCCCAAGAAAACCGAAAAACCAGCGAAGAGCAAGUAAACUAGGGCGAUGUGUUUAUUUAAGUCAACGGCUCUUUUCAGAGCCACC